AUGGCUGCAGGCAAGCAAACCAAAGGCAGGCAAAAGAUCACAAUGAAGAGAAUAGAGAAGGAAGACGACAGGCUAAUCACUUUUUCCAAAAGGAGAUCCGGUAUUUACAAGAAGGGAAGUGAACUGGUUACACUGUGUGGUGCUGAGGUUGCUGUGCUGGUGUUUUCACCGGCUGGUAAGCCCUUCUCUUUUGGCCAUCCAUCCAUUGAACGCGUAACAAAUCGUUUCCUUGACAAGAACCCACCACCAAGUGACACUACACACCCUCUGGUGGAGGCUCAUCGGAAGAUGAGGAUUAACGAGCUAACCCAGCACUACAAUGAACUGCUGAGCAGAGGGGAAGCUGAGAAAGACAGAGGAAACUUGCUGAAGCAGAUGAUGACUGGGAGUGGAAGGCAGCAGCAGCUGCAGCAGAAGCAGCAGAGUUACUGGUGGGAGACUCCUAUCGAUGAGCUUGGCUUUGAAGAACUACUCCAAAUGAAUGCUACGUUGGAAGAGCUUCAUGGUAACUUGUGCAGGAAAAUCAGUGGAGCCUCGUCAUCCGUGAAUCCAUCGUUGGCCUCUAAUAAUGCCAAUCUUCAGAAGGAUCCUUCUGCUUCUUUUCCUCAUGGAUUUGGUUAUGGGCGCAUGCAUUUUUAG